CAAGCGAAAAGGAAACGGACAAAAGUCAAAAUGGCGGACUUCUCGCAGGUGUUAGUCGCACACUCUGUUCUACUUUUCACAUCCUUACAGAUUGUUUUUGGAGGCGAAUAUUGCCCAAGAAAUGGCGAUAGAGAGACAUAUUGUUCCGGGUUUUGCUGUGGAGAGAGGGAGACACAGUGUUGUUCUUCGUUCAUCUCUAGUUACUGGUAUUUCUGGUUCUGUUUGAUCGGUUUCUUCCUGAUGAUGUUGAUCGGUGUGAUGUACGCGUGCUGCCGGCAGAGUAAGUCCCGACAGACCGUUAGCACCACCAACACGAGCGGGGGCAGUCCGCCCUACUCCCCGAGAACAUAUCCGGACGGAGUCGGUUAUUCCUCCCACACGGGUGCAGUAACGCUCCCCCCACCGUACCCGUUCGGCCCGGCACCCCCAGUGAAACCCCCACCCUACUCGGCCUCGGACCCCCCGCCCCCCUACAGCUCAGUCGGCGAUAUACACUCCGUCAGCAACUCUGGUGUAGUCAACAACAGUUUUGUGCACCAGCAGUGAUGACGUGUACACUUAUAGUGACUGUGUGCACCAACAAUCAUGACGUAGUCAACAAUUCUUUGCACUAAAAGUCCAAAAGUGAUGACGUUUCUUAUAUAAUGUACAGCAACAAUGAUGACAACACCAACUGUUAAUACACGACGUAGUCAAGAUGUAGUGCACAUUUACAAUGAUGACGUAUGCAACAUCAGUCAUGUGCACCAUUAAGUGAUGACGUAGCCAACGACAAUAUGUGCACUAAAAGCGUUUAUGUAGGUGCUGUAGAUAUGAUCACCAGCACCAGUGAUGACGUCACGUGUACUGGGAGAAAUUUCCCAAGUGAAUUAUGACGCAGUGAAAAAUGUGUACAUUGUGAUUUAUGUAUAUACACUUACCCGAAAUUCUUUAUAUUACAUAAAACACGACAUCGUUCUUGUUUAUGGGAACAAAAAAAAGACUUAUGUAAUGCUUACUAGUAUUACCUGAGUGACUUCUCAAUUAUGUAGCUUUUGGUAAAAAUUGUGCCUAAAAAUCUAUUUCUAAACGGAAUUGUCAUGCUAAGAGGUCUUUGCCUUCAAUUUGAAAUAAUUUUACACACAAUGCUCAUAGCGUAAACAAAUUUAGGCAACAGGAAGAAUUGAAAAUUUUGGCUGGCAUUUUCGGUAUUUCAUAGCAAAAAGACACCUUGUUAAUUCAAUAUGUUUCAACAUAACGGACUUUCCAACCGCAAUUUACCAAUUUUCUUUAUCUAUAAAUUCGAUGAACUGUUUUCAAUACCAUAUUGUACAUAUUUGGAGAGGCUAUUACAAUAGCUUUACUCCCGUGUGUUUAUAUUUUCUACAUUACACAGAUUUUAUAUUUGUUAAUACGUGCUUGUAAGUAUGCGUCACCUAUAAGUGAUAGAGCUGAAUUCACAUGUUUGGGCUUCAAAAUAAAGUUUGAGCUUGUAUCUUUAUAAGAUA